UAGAGAACAUCAAGGUGGUCGCAAUAACGACAUAAACGCAUAGAUAAUUUCAUAUUUGUCUGUUACAAGCGAUAUAUUUCCGCAGUUUACGUAUUUCUUGCCCACAAGCGAGCGUACAUAAGUGGUAAUAGCACUCCUUAUCAGUUGGCGGAACGGCGUUUGGAUUAUAGCAAUUUAUAGCAGUGGCAGCAAGUGCAGCAGCGGUAGCAGCAGUAAUCAGCGAAAUAUUAACAACAUUUAUGGUGGAUAUUUAAAAAGUUCUUGACCAUAAAAAGCAAAUAAACAACUUUAUCAUAAUUUGGUGAAAUUCUACAGCAAACAAAAAACAAAAACAUUUACUACAACACUGUGGCAACAAUUGUACAAUAAAAGCACACAUUUUGCAACACUGAAACAGCAUUGAAAGCAAUUGACAGCGUCAAAAGAGCUGACAGCAACAACAACUGUGUAGAAAGCAGAGCAAUAGAGAGAGAGAGGAGGAGAGCGAGCCAUUUAUAGUUUGACAUUUGUUGAUUCUGACAAGCGUUUAGUCGCCGCAGCUGAAAGGAAUCGAAGAAAAGUAAUAGACCAAUAGUCCGGACUGCCAAAUUUUCGACGGUACAUUCCGUUUGGAAUUUGUGUUACAUUUAGUUAAAAAAUUGAUUGAAAUUAAAAAUAGGAAUCGCAAUCUCUGCGCGACGUGCACGUUACCUGUGUGUUCGGUCGUUGUUUUAAGUGUGCAAGCAAAUUGGACGAGCCACAUGCGUUAAUUUGACAGUUGCGUGCAGCUGUCUCGUCGCCUUCUUGUUGUGUGUGGUGUCCGAUUCGAUUCUAAUACGAUCCGAGAUUCCCUCAAAAAGUGUCAAAAGUGCGUUUUUGUGUUUAUUUUUGGAAUUCAAGUGUUUGCUGUUUUGUACAGGCCACAAAAGGCACCAAUAAGAGCACACACAUUCCCCGUGUUUACUCUGCAUAUACGAAUUUGAUUCAAUUUAGUGUUGAAACGAAUGAGAAAGUGAUAUUACUAAAUAUUGUAGUGUUGAGGUUUGCAGUGACGUGCCGUGCUGUGCUGUUUGAUAUCGACUAUCAAAGCAAGUGUUCCUCCUGCUAACAGCUGCCGUUUACGGUGUAUCAAAAGCCUGCGGCAACCACAGUACCACAGCGUUUACAAGCAACCGCUUUACAAACAGCAGUUGCUGCCAAGUGUGUGUGUACGUGUUAUUUAAUAAAGGUGUAAACAUAAAUUCGUCACGGUGGAGAACUUCUACCUUAGAAUGGAUCCUACGCGAGGUGACUCGCGCUACAACCUCAACUAUCCUAUGAGCGGCAUCGGCCUAAGUUUGGCCGAUCAAGCCGACUUGUAUGGUGGUAAUCCAGCGGCUGUUAGUGCGCUUGGCGGUCGUCCACCAUCAGGCGGCCUCAUACAGCCGAUGGGUGGUGGUGCCGGUGUUGGGUUCAGUUCCCGUGCGAGCGGUCUCAUGCCCAACAGUACACAGUGUCAAUCGUUGGUUAGCGGUGCUGGCAACAGUACAGGUGGCCAUACAAGUCAACAGCGCGGCAUCAAACGUGCUGGUUCCGAUUGUUAUGAAGAUCAUCAUCGUAGUAGUAGUGCUACGGGUAUGUCUACACAAUCGCUGCAAGGACUCGAUUGUGUUGGCGGUAGCGCGCAACAAAGUGCACAACAGCAACAGCAGCAGCAACAACAACAACAGCAACAGAGUCAAGUGAGUGGCAAUGUGCCGGAUGUGGUGGACGACAGUUAUACUGCGUUGCAAAACAAAAAGUCACCUCCUGCUAAUGGCAAGAAGACAAAAGGGCGAGUCAAAAUCAAAAUGGAAUAUAUUGAUAAUAAAUUGCGUAGAUAUACGACAUUUUCCAAACGUAAAACCGGCAUCAUGAAAAAGGCAUACGAACUGUCCACACUAACCGGCACCCAAGUGAUGCUGUUAGUCGCCUCCGAGACUGGACACGUUUACACGUUCGCCACCCGCAAACUACAACCAAUGAUCACAUCCGAGGCUGGUAAACAACUAAUACAAACAUGUCUCAACUCACCGGAUCCGCCCAGUGUGGGUGGCGGUGAUCAACGCAUGUCAGCGACUGGCUUCGAAGAGACCGAAUUAAGCUAUAACAUAGCGGACGAGGACUCAAAAGAAGAUCGUUCACCCCUCUCGUCUGGCAAUGAAUCGGACGACUCAUCCGAUGCUGAAUCGCCGGGACCCGCGCAAUUGCAAGCCGUGAAAAACAGCGCUCUCACCGACGCGAGAACACAGGAUAACAGCAAACAACAAGCUGCAGCGGCCGCAGCAAUGCCUUCCACAUCCGGCGGCGCUUCAACGUCUGCUAUGACUAAUAAGAAUAUCGGUUACGCAAUCGCCGAAGACUUGACACACAAUGCCACAGUGGCUGAGACGAAAUUGAAGCACAACACAAAUAUCGCUAGGCAAGAGCGCCAAGCGUUGACGACAGCCGAGUGCCUCACUAGUUAUGCGGCACCGUCCGGCUUGACAGGACUGCCGCAGGAUAUGCUAUUGAAAUUGAUACAAUCUGGUCACUUGCAGUUGCACACAGAAGAAGAUGGCAGCGGCCAACAGUAUAUUUCAAUACCGUUAACAAGCAACGCUGCUCAGACACUGAAGUCACCGAAGGAGCCCAGCACACGCACGGGCAACAUUGAGACUGCCAAGGACAUGCGCAUGAAGGACAUGAAGUCGGCGCAGUCGACAGCCAAAGCCGCAGCAACAAAUAGUAAUAGUGGUGCUGCUGCGAUAGCUGGCUUGCCCAUAAAGCAAGAGCUGGAAUGAGAUAACAAAGACUUGUUGCUUGCCAAAAAAAAAACAACAACAAUAACAAAAUAUUAAAAAGUUAAA